GGAUCUCAUAUUAGAAUAAACCAUUGAAAGACGAUUCUUAACUGUAAAAUAUAUUUUAAAAUAAUAUUUUUCAUUGCAUAUCCAAGGAAUGAUUAAUCAUAAGAUGGAACUUUUGAAUGUUUUUAUUGAAUAUCCGAAUUCCGUUCACGAUGCUCGAGUCUUUAAAAAUUCAUCACUAAAUAACGAUUUUGAAUUAUGUGGAGAUAAAUACUGUUUAUUAGGAGAUAGUGCAUAUCCCUGUUUAUCAGAAAUAGUCGUUCCAUACAAAGACAAUGGGCAUUUGACAUGGAAGUAAAGAAUUGUUAAUCAAAAAUUAAAUUCAUGUAGAGUUGUUAUUGAAAAUGCACUUGGCAUUUUAAAGCAACAGUUUCGCCAAUUGUAUCAUUUCAGCUUAAGAGACAUUCCACGCAUGGUGCAUGUUAUACACUCAUAUUGCGUUUUACAUAAUCUAGUUAAUAUGGAUGAUUUAAAAUUAUUUGAAGCACCUCUAAACAAUGAGAAAUCAGAUAUAGAGGCAUAA